AUGGUGCAGUGGAUAAAGAAGGAGAAAUUCUUGCUCAUUCUCCCACCAGCUCCAUCUCAACAGGGGAAGAAUGCAAUUACCACGAUGUCUGAGAGCUUGAGCAGUAAAGCUGCUGGAUGGAAGGUUUCUCCUCACCCGUCUACAAUGGAGUUGGUGAAAGAAGCAUUGAAAGAGCUCGACUCCAGGUAGGGUGUUUCGGCUCAGGCCAUCCGUGGGUAUAUCAAAGAUAAAUACAUGACAGUGGAUGAGACCCGUCUCAAGUUUAUGGUGUGGCGAGCCCUGACCAAAGGCAUUGAGACAGGUGUGAUUGUGAGGCCUACAAAUUCUGGGCCAACUACAAGAGGAGCUCAAGGAUGCUUUCAGAUUGCUGCAAAGACCAAGGCAAAAGAAGUUAAAGCACAGUCAAAGGAAAAUGCUGAUCCCAAUGUACAGAAAGUUAAGGCGUCUAAAGCCAAGGGUGAAGGGGCAAGCAAAGAGAAGCAGAAGUCCACAAAGAAAAAGGCUGCUACUGAUGAUGCUAAGCUGGAGAUGCUUGAGGGCAAUGGCACCGCCUCAAAGGUGACCCCUGCUAUGAAGCCAAAGGCUAAGAAUGCUGCAGAAGAGGGUGGAUGGGAGCCCAAACCGAUCAAGGCUAAAAAAAAAGGUGCUGAGGAACCAGCAGCAAAGAAAGUGGUAAAGAAGGCUGCAGGAGAGAAGGGUGCUGCUUCACCCAAAGCCCCUGGGAAAUGGGGAAAGAAGUGA